AUGACGGCUAGUCAAUCAUUCUACAAGGAUGGUGGUUGGAGUACCUGGAGUGUAUGGAGUGGAUGUGGAAUAGGGCUGUGUGGUGGAGGAAAGAAAGUUAGAACGCGAUCCUGUACCAAUCCUGAACCGUCUGGAGGCGGAAGAGAAUGCGAGGGAGAAUCUUUUAAACAGGAGGAAUGCCCAGCUGCGCGACUUGAUGGUCAGUGGUCUGAAUGGUCAGCAUGGUCCGCAUGCGCAAAGACUUGUGGAGGAGGCCUGGUAACUAGAACUCGGAAGUGUGACAAUCCCACUCCUGCGCGAGGAGGAAUGAUUUGUCCUGGAGAUGAGAUAGAAUCUGCAAUGGACUGUCCGAACUCCUGUCCAAUCGAUGGAGGUUGGGGCGAGUGGGGUGAGUGGUCUCGAUGUAGCAAAACCUGUGGACAAGGCUACAUAACCAGGAGUCGUAAAUGUGACAAUCCAGAGCCAGAAUACGGGGGUAGAGACUGUGGAGACCUAAGCGUACACACAAGUACUUGUAAAAUAAGACCAUGUCCAAACGCUGUCGAUGGAAACUGGGGGGCCUGGGGCGAGUUUGGGGAGUGUUCGGAGAAAUUGUACUGUCACAAAGGGCAGAAAACAAGAAAACGAGAAUGUAACAAUCCGAUUCCUAGAGAAGGUGGAGACCAGUGUCCUGGCACCAACACUGAAAAAAUCGAAUGUCCAACACAAAACUGCAUUGACGGUCCUCGAGAUCGAGCAGCCUCUAAGAAAAUUCUGCAAUCUUCGGAGUUGUAUGCAGAAUGCCCGUCCGACACAGCUUCUCUUGUGGACAGUCAAGAGAACGAUAAAUGUGUAGACCUAACUUUGAACACUUACUUCAAAGGCAUUAAACAAUUUCUGAGAAGUGGAUAUGUCGCCAGAACUUAUGUCAAAGUACAAGAAACGAAUUUGACUAAACUCUGUUUUGAACCAGCAUUAAUGUUAAUGGUUGGUCAGUUGAAUCAAUCGUUUCCUAAGUUCUCUCAACUUCCGGCUCCUCCGUCGUAUCAACGACCAGGUGACUUGAAUCAUACUAAGAUCAUCAGCGUUUAUCUGAGAAAUGAUGGCUCCCUAUAUGCAGGUAAUUUUCUACUUGGUACGGAGGAUCAGUACUCCACACAGAAGUUCACACUGGACAAACCAAGAUUUUAUUUCCAAUACACGCCGACUAAUCAAAGAAUAUUUGCACAUGGUUAUAAGGAUAUCGCAGGAGCAAAGUUUGAGUUAGAGGUGACUGGAGUCAACGAAAAGGAAUUCGAGGCAACUGGAACCAGUCGUGAUUACACUAAUGCAGCGAGAAUCGAAGCAGCAAUGGCAACACCAUCUUUUGAACGAGGUGAUAACAAAAACGAAGAUGAAAUUGAAAAGUUAGAUGGAAGGCUCAACACUAAUUUUGGCAAAGAUUCAGAUCAGGUCCAAAACGUCUACCAAAGUGCUACCAAUUCCUCUGUAUUGAUUUCAAACAAGCUAGACCAAUCAUUGCGGAACAGAAUAUUAGACAUUAGUAAUAAAAAAGAUACCACGGAAUACACAAGGACCCGUUCAUUUGUAAACAGUUUGGAAAUCAAGUCAUUUAUUUUUGAUAUCUUGAAAAAGAUAGGGCUAUAUUUAGUCCGAGUAAAAGAACUUUCUAUUGGUAUCCAUAACAAGGGCGGGGUGUUUGCUAUACGAGUAACCGGCACUGCAGAACCCAUUGCACUUAUUAGAGCGAAUAUUCAUUUUGAGGUCAUUAAGAAUGGAGUGUUUGCUGUGGGGAUCACCGCUGACCAGGCAGAACUGCAGGGACUGACCAACAGGAUAUUCUGCGGCAAUAGUGUUCAUUUGUUUGGAAAACUACGGGAACCUGCUAUUGGUUUCUGUUUCGCUCAAGAAGGCUUCGAUUUCACUGAUACUGCCGUUCAGUUCACUCGCGAACCUUUGCGAACAAUGAAAAACGAUCUCAUAACGGACGGCCUUUUCUUUGGAUUUAACGCCAAGCUACCUGAAUAUCAGGAGUGCGGAGACUCAAUCAUGUGUAAAUUUGCUGUAAAACUCCUUGGAGCGAACACCAACAUACAGUUCUACGGUUUUGUCAAGUGUUCUAUGGCGAAGGUCGUUGGAAGAAUUGCUAAGUUACCAGAAGGAACGAACAAAGGCAAGUUUAGACUGAGCAAAAUCGAGUUAUCUGUGGAGAUCAAAUUUGCCACGCCUUUACCAGCUCUUGCAUUUACCAUCGAGUUAGCAAUUCCAAUAAAGGGAGAGAUUGUAAAAGGAACAGCAGUUGUUAGUAAGGAUGAACUAUAUGUCGGUGGAACCUUAAAACUACAAGUACCUGUACCUACACUUAAUGGAGAACUCUACAUGAAAGGAACAUGGAGGAAAGCAUUUGCGAUUCCAUUUUUGACGAUCAAAGAUUCAAAAGUUGGGAUGACCAUCAAUCUAGCCCAUGGCAUACCUCAAGGGCUCGAGCUUCAAGGUACCAUAGAAGUAGGAUAUGACUGCUUUGGACCCCAAGCUUUUGAUUUUACCACUGGACAUUGUAUAAGGGCAAAAGCGUCAAUAGGUGUAGACGUCAAUCCAUUCAAGGGAUAUGUCAGUGCCCAAUUAUCAUCCCUGACUCUGGGCGUGGUGUUUAGGUUAUUGGGCUCCAAAAUACAAAUGCCCAAAGUUGUUGACGAGACUGGAUUUCCUAAAGGAGUAGAGAUUUCUGUUUCCCUGCCUGACACAAAAGGGUCUUAUGCAGGUGAAGAUAAAAAGAUCAAAAAGGGGUUUUACUUGAAGGGUAUGAUUAACAUAUUCGGAUUUAGCCCGUCCAUCGAAAUAGCAAUUUCAUUAAAGGAAAUAUCAUUUAAGGCCGAACUGGGCAAGAUUCAUUUACCAGGAGAUGUCGUCAUUUCCAGAUCUCUGACCGAUAACAAAAACGGUCCAGUUUUCAUGAUCAAAGCCACUCGUGAUCCACUAAACAUAGAGGUGAAUAUCCAUGGCGCAAUCAGCUUAUUUGGAAAUAAAGAAGAAGUGCAGCUAAAACUCACAAAAGAACUGAUGCUUACAAAAUUGAACCUCAUAUUGUUUUCGUACUUAAAAGCGAACGUUACACUAAACGCUAAUUACACGACAAAGAAAGCCCUAACCGAUUUAGGGAUCGUAGCGAAUGUCACGAUAAUUUCACACUUAGAAGACCUUGCAAAUAAAACGGUAUGGUAUUUGAACGAAAAAAUUAAAGACGGAAUUAAGAAAUUGGAACAUGCCAGAUUUAGAGUAAAAGCAGCAGUAUCAGAGUGUAUAGAGGAUGCAGAAAAGAUGUGCCAGUUAUGCGAAGAGAUAUCCCAAAACCACUUACAGCAAGAAUGUGAGAAGGGAUGGAACAAGUUCAAACAUUUCGUUGGGAGUAUGGUCGACAAAUUUGGUAAGCAAUAA